CUCGACUGCCUCGACCUUGUUGGCCUCGACUCGCGGCUCUGUUCGACCUCAAAAUUGUCAGUCAGUCCUCAACAAUGAAGACUGUUCUCAUAACAGGGUGCAACCGAGGGCUGGGCCUUGAAUUUGUGAGACAGCUCGUCGGCUUGAAAAAUCCUCCAUCUAAAAUUAUAGCCACUUGUAGAAGCAUUGACAAAGCGCAGGAGCUGAAUGCACUGAAGAGUCAGAAUCAAAACAUUCACAUCCUAGAAUUAGAUGUUACCAAUUUUGACAAAUACAACGAAAUAUCGGAGCAGGCAAAAGACAUCGUUGGUGAUGAUGGGCUCAACGUUUUGAUCAAUAACGCAGGGGUCACUACCAAGUUCACACGUCUCAACAUGGUGAAGCAAGAACAAAUCAUCGAGAACCUCAUCAUCAACGCAGUUGCCCCCAUCAUGUUUACGAAGGCUUUAUUGCCUCUUUUGAAAACUGCCGCAGCUAACAACGCUUCGGCCCCUCUCGGUUCCAGCAGAGCUGUCAUCAUGAACAUGAGUUCGAUUCUUGGUUCCAUUGAAAUGAACAAAAAGGAAGGUGGCUUCUACCCUUACAGAACCAGCAAGUCCGCUCUGAACGCUGCUACAAAAUCGAUGAGCAUCGACCUGAAGUCCGACGGGAUCCUUACCAUCAGCAUGCACCCUGGUUGGGUUCAGACAGACAUGGGAGGGAAGCAAGCCCCUUUGAAACCCGAGCAGAGCAUCAAGGGCAUGCUAGGAGUUUUAGCAGACUUGAAAGUGGAGCAAAACGGCUUGUUCCUCCAGUUUGAUGGAAAGAAACUGCCUUGGUAGUUUGAAGUGAAUUUAAUUGCAAGGCUGAUUGUAUUUCUAUUUUAUUAUAAGCAUUUGAAUAGACAGAAAAUUUUAAUUGUUCAUGUUUUUUUUAUGUUACAAAAUAAAAUAAUCAAUUUUCAGUCUCUGUCAAUGGA